UUCUGAAGUAAAACUGAACAAAACUGAACAGAUCCAGCUGUUUUAAGGAAGCUACAGGUCGGAGAAGAAUCACCAUGGUCUAAAAGGUUAAAAGAUGCCUCUGAGGUUAAAGAAAGAAAUAUCUGAAGAGGAAUUCUAUGGAUAUUUUUCCAAUAUAAAAGUAUCCCACCAAACUUUGCUCUGCUUUAGUCUGAAAGAAGACGAUAAAACACUUCGGAAAUUAUGGGGCCAUGCUUACAAUAAUCCAGGCCAAUGUCACACUGAAAUCCUAGUUUUAAGGGAAAUAGAAGAAUAUUUAGCGGCAAAUAUUCCCAACACUACAAAGUACAGCAUUACCUGGUUUCUUUCCUAUAGCCCCUGCCGCUGGUGCUGUGAUGAAAUAACCAAUUUUUUAAUGAAGUCCCAAACCAAAAUUGAAUUUAACAUCAAAGCAGCAAGGCCACAUUAUUUUGAUAAUGAUGACAAUCAAAAAGGUUUAAGAAUGCUCAAAAGACUGGGAGUUCUGAUCAAGAUGAUGGAAUACAGUGACUAUGAAGAAUGUCUCUACUUAUUUGUGGAUCCUUGCACCAAGUUCAUUUCAUGGCCAGAUUUAGAAAUGCAAAGUAUAGCAAAUAAAACGAUAUUUCAUCAUUUAUUGGCCCAGGUAUAUUUUAUAUUAAUCAUAAGUGAGAUAAGGGUUAUCAGAGAAAACAGCCUCCAACAAAUAAGCACCUACUAUGUGAAGAGAUCUAUGCUAGAUACUGGAGGAGAGACUAAGGAGGACAACAGAUUAGACAACCAUUUGUUUUCAGCUGAUGAUUCUUCUCCAGUUCACACUGGAUCAGCAUCUGAUUUUGAAAGCCAUGUCUUGAUCAAGAAGGUUCCACCAGAAGAUCCUAACAAAACACCAGACAAGAAAUAUGAGUUUUCAGAUAUAAGAACUCCACAGAAAACACGUUUUCCCCAGAGAACAAGAGAACUUGGGAAAGAAGUCAAAAGAAAACUCUUUUAAACAAGCGGUACCACAAUUUAUUUUUUCAUUUUCCCCCCAAGAACUACAAAUAUGUCAUUCCAUGUUUUUAAUCAGUUUUACACUUUAUUUGUAACUUCAUUGUUUCCUCACUUGGUUAAUUAUGUUUAAUGAUUUAGUUUGAAAAUGUGGACAAUCAAGGGGAUCUGAACAUUAUGGAAUUCUGUAACCUUUGAUAUACACUUUGCUCGUGCUUUCUCUUUCAGCUUACCAACUUAUAUUCCAACUCCUGGGCACCCAUCCUGCCUAUUCUUGAAAUUGCUCUUUUCUUCUUCUUGCAUUUCCUAUAUGGUCCAGAUAAGAGUCCCAGGACAGUGGUUGCCAGAUACAGUUCCCCUUCCCUGCACUUGCUUUAGCCUCUGACUGAAUUACUUGUAACAUUGUUAAAAAGCAAGGCAUUAUUUGAGAGACCCUAUUGGUGAGUUUAGUAAUGAUUGCCUGAGAUUAGAAAGAUCUGCAGUGCCUUGCUUAGGACUGGAUAACUUUUAAUACUAGAAGUUGACUGGUUCUGGGCUGUGACUUUUGCCAACUCAUGGUACUAAAAGCUAUAUUAAUACCUUCACUUUCGGCCAUCCUCUUGCAUCAGUCAUCUUACCUUGGACAGCAGCUCCAGGUCUAUGUCAGGGAUAGGAAGGAAUCUUGUAGCAGCAGACUCCAAAUUCAACUGUAGCAUUCCUAAAAUUUGUAACAAGCACCUUCCUGAUAUUUUCCCCUCCUGAUAUUUUUCCACUACAUGGAACCCUGUUAGCUACCACCCAAAGUAAACUAUGCAGACACAAUCCAGUGUUUGGGAAUUCUGAGGGCUAGACAUGGUUAUGUUGAUGUAAAACAUAUAUGUUUCUGUUGAGUCACCUUUCCAAUGAAUAUCUCUGAUCAAACAAA